ACCGCUUUGCAUAUCGCAGCUCGUGACCGUCAUCACUCCAUCAUCCGCCUUCUGGUGGAGACAGGCACCGACAUCAACUCAUCCAACAACUUACAAAUGACUGCCCUUCAGAUUGCGAUCACCUCUGCCAACAUCACCACUGCACAAUACCUUUUGGGCUUGGGCGCUGACGUUUCGGGAAGGACUUCAAGCGGAGAUACAUCACUGCAUCUGGCCGCUCGCGUUGGUGAUGUGAGUCUAGUAGAAUCAUUACUCCAGCGUUCCGUGGGUCUCAAUGCGAAAAAUCACUGCGGUGAGACAGCACUGCACGCUGCUGUAACGGCAGGCCAU